AUGGCGUUGCUCAGUUUUGCUCUUCGGGGGAAGCCGCUUGUGCGCGGUAUGUUGAGAAAAAAGGUCUUCCCAAUGGUCCAAGUCCUUGGACAGAAGAGUGGAGAGAGGCAAAAGAGCGGGCAUGUGUCUUUGGUCGGUCGAAGCUUGCUGACACUGAAAGACUUCACACCGCCAGAGAUUGAGCAAAUCCUGUGGACUGCAGCUGACUUAAAGACCAGGAUCAAGGAGAGGGGAGAGGUGUACACACCACUAGAGGGAAAGUAUGCUGCUAUCAUCUUCCAAAAGAGGAGCAUUCGAACCAGGUUGUCCACUGAGACAGGUGUUAACAUGCUGGGUGGAAAGUCAUAUUUCCUAUCUCCUGAAGACAUCCAUAUGGGUGUGAAUGAAACUAUCAAAGACUCAGCUAAGGUUUUGUCAGGGUUUGUGAACCUCAUACUUGCCAGAAUGUGUAAGCACGAAGAUGUGGAAUCCUUAGCUGCAGAGGGAAGUGUCCCAGUCGUGAACGCGCUGUCGGAACUCUACCACCCACUACAGAUCCUAGCAGACAUGCAAACACUACAAGAACAUUUUGGAGGCCUGAAAGGCUUGACUGUUGCCUGGGUUGGAGACAGUAACAACAUCACUCAUUCCUACAUGAUGGCGGCUCCCAAACUUGGCGUUAACCUGAGAAUCGCUUCACGGAAGACCCUCGAUACCUGUCAAAAUGUGUCAAAAGAUGCCGAACACCUUGCCAAACAGUAUGGUACCCAGAUUGUCCACACCACCGACCCGCGGGAGGCCUGUAAAGGAGCCAAUGUUAUUGUUGCAGACAGGAGGUUAAAAAACUACACGGGGCCGGAGGAAGAGAAACUGGAAAAACUCAAGGCUCUUCAAGGAUAUCGCGUCACUCACAAGUUUGGUGAGAUGGCUGCUAAAGACUGGGUGUUUCUUCACUGUGGGCCAAGAAAACAGGACGAGGUGGACGAUGCUGUGUUCUACAGUCACAGGUCACUCGUCUGGGAAGAGGCUGAGAACAGGAAGUGGACUGUAAUGGCUGUCAUCCUCUGUCUACUAAAAUGCCACGCCUGUACAACCCCCAAGCCAGACUACUAG